AGUAACAGUAGUGGCCCCUUCGGAUCAUCCGCCAAUUCAGCUCGCUCGCGUGUGUGCGUGCCUCUAUCACUCGCAGUAACUCGGCUCUCUCGGCAACUAUCGCUCGCGCGCUCAGGUAGAUCUCGCUCGAGCCCGCAACGAGUGGUGCCAACGACAUUUUUAAUCCGCGCGAUCUCUUCGUCCCCAAGGAGUCGAUCGAUCGAUCCGAUCGUUUUUAUACAUUUUGUAUCUACUACUCGCGGGAUAGAUAAUUAACUCUUUCGAUCGAUAGACAUAUCUAUAUAUAGAUAUAUAACAUACAUAGGAAGUGAGAGAGCUGCUGCGAGGGAAUCGGCGGCCUACUACUAUACUGCACGCACGAAUCAGCUGAUUGGCGCGCUUCGCACUGCAGCAGCUGCACGGCAACGCGGAUGCAACAACAAAGCGCCGCGCGAUCUCAUCCACAUCAUCGCCAUCAUCGUCGUUGUUGCAGCAGCGAAGAAUCGGAGUCGACGACGGCCCAAGAGACGACGACGACGACGACCGAUCGCAUGAUACAUCCUUUGUCAAGGAUAUUCGAGAAGCUGGAAUUUUGACAGUUGGCAGGGGCUGCUGGGGCAGAACGGCAUGAGAUGGAAGAGGAGCUGAGUGAUCCCUACGAGCAGAGGCUCUUGGCAGCGUUCAAAAGCUGCUUGACGAAAGAUCAGAAGGAGUUGGACAGAGCAGGCUUGUCGCUGCUCUGCUCGGAACUCGGACUGGAAGAGAGUCAGCAAAAUGCUCUCAUGGAAUUAGUCAAGGUGGAAACGACAGUGUCGUUUCCAACAUUCAGAGAUGGUUUUCUGGCUUAUCUCAAUAAGAAAAGGCCAGAGGCUAAGAAAAAUGGAGUCGUGGAAGAAUUGGAAAAUGGAUAUACGUGUGUAGAUAAUAGACUAAGUAAUGAGAUGAAAGUAGUGGAUAAUGAUAAUCACGUAGAAAUAGCUCAAAAUAAUGAUAAAAAAUUACAAGAAAUACUUAAUAACCAUGGCUCAAUAGUCACGGAAGGUACAAAUAGUUUUUGUAAAGACUCUAUUCUUCCUAAACAAACAGUUGAACAAAUUUUUGAAAAACUUGACUUAGACUGUGAUGGUCUUAUCAAUCUUCCUGAGUUUCUGUUAUUUUUUCAAAAUGCUAACAGUAAACUGCAGGAAUAUUCAGUAUCUAAUUGGUUUUCUCAAAUACAGAAAACUCAUGAAAUAAAAACGGAAGUGUUUAAAGAUAUUGAUAAUCAUGAAACAGGAGUUGUCUCUCGAAGUCACAUUACUGAACUUUGGAAACUGGGAGGUGUUACCGAAGCAAAUUCCUUACUAUUAGAUUUAGGAUGUGAAGGACCUACAGUUAAUCUUAUUGAACUAUUAAAUGCCUUAUCAUCCGAGCUUAAGCUUAAUGAUGUGUCUCAUGAUGGUGACAAACAGGAGUACAUACGCUUACUCAAAGGAGCACUUAUUCUCUAUCAAGAGGAAGUUAGGAAUAUCAAUACAACAAUGGAACAUCUUAUGUGCGAACGUGAUAAAUUACGACUGGAUAUUACGGCAGCAAAUGACCGAGCUAACGAUUUGCUUAAGGAAAUCGACGAUCAUCAAAAUGAAGCAGAUCGAGCCCGUCAACAACAUAUGCAUCAGCUGCGCCAGCUUGAGCAGCGACAUAGUGAUAACAUUAAGGAUCUGACCGAUAAGUUGCAGGCCGAGCUAGACAAGGGCAAAGAAAAUGUUCAUGCGAUAGAGUUGAAGUUGUUCGCGGCACAAUUAGAAGAAUCAAAAAUCAAGGCCGACCUCGUCACUGCCUUGGAAGACGUGAAAGCCUUGGAGCAAGAGAAUCAAAAUCAAGCUGAGAAGAUCCGGAGACUCGAAGGAGAAAAAAACGAGCUUGAACGACAAAUACUCACGUUAGCUUCUGAACUGAAGGUCGCUAACUUGGAGAACCCAGAGAGCAAGCAGAUCGUCGAAUUAACGGAACGCAUGCGACAACUGCAGACCGAGAUGAAGGAGUUGCGUGAUCGAAACGACGAGCUCCACAGUGAACUAGAAAGUCUGAGAAAUCGCGAACACGACGCUAAUAGCGUCGCUGGGGGUCGGUCUACGUCUGACGAAAACGAUGUGCCUACCGAAGUCGAUACCGAAGACGAAGAGGGUAAGCCAUUGAAGCGUGAAACUAGAACGAAGGCCAAAUCGACGAAAGAAUCUCAGACAACGAAUACCAACGAAAAAUUGGGCGAUAUCAUUAAAGAUUUAAAUGGUUUGCUGAUUCGCACGAAUUUCUGCAACGAAUGCGAUCAAGUCAGAAGUAACAUAAUAUCGCUCGUCGAGCAGCUCGAACAAUACAGAUCUAGUCAAUUAUCACCAGGCAGAAGAAGAAAGCAGGUUCGAGACUUGGCCAACGAACUCGCUAAUACGACAAACAACCGUACAACAUCGUGUUUAGAAUUGUCAGUCCCGCAGCAACUUAGUAGUACAAAUAAACGCAUAUCAUCUAGCAACGAUACGAUUAAUGAAUUAAAAUUACAUGACAAUAUGGAUAGUUCCGAUUUGAGGGCCUAUUUUAAAACUAAAUUGGCAACUUUACCUUAUAAAAGUAGUCAGGAAUGGAAACCAUCGACUGAGGAGUUGUUGAGGGAGGUCGAGGCUAAGCAUAAUAUGGAGAGAAGGAAAUUGACUGACAAGAUAAGCGAACUCGAACGUAGUUUAGAAAAAUUACGAACUGAAUACGACCAAUGCGAAGAAUAUUGGGUUCUGAAACUCGACGAAGAACGUCAAAUUUUCGAACAGGAACAAAAAGAAAACAGCGAAAAAUUCAACGAACUUCUCGAUAAAAUAACGGAAUACGAAGAGCAAUAUGCUGAUGACAGUGUGAAGCAAUCCACUCCCGGUCGUUUAUCGCCGAUCGAAGAACGAUCGAUUUUGGAGCAACAAUACUCCGAUCUCGAAGAAGAAUUCGAACGCUGGCGGAGACAUGCUCAAAUACAAUUGGAUAGCCGAGAAAUGGAAAUUCAAGAUCUGAAGUCGAAGUUGAAAGGAAAAUCGUCAGUAGAUGAAGAGGUCCAGUGUCCCGAUGAGCAGAUGAAAAAGGAUUAUCCUGCUUUGUAUAGCAUGUUAAUUAAGAACACUGAUGAGCCAGAUAGUUCUUCUACUCCGAUUCCACUCGAAGUGGAAAAAGAAGAGAAAAAAGAAUGUACACAGUGUCACAAGUCGAUAAGUGUAAACAGCGAGUGUAGCUGUAAAACCCCACCUCAGCAGCAGCCGACUACGAAACCUCAAAAUCCAUCGGUACAAUCGCCUCGAAAACCAUCGUCUUAUUAUUAUCAUCAGUCGAAAUCACAUCGUCGCGACGACGGAAGAUCUAGUAAAUAUUUGCAUAAUCAUCAUCGUUACUUCAGUCAACAGCAGCCGCACCAGCAGACACAGUAUCAGCAACAACAUCAAGCCGCGCAGCAAUACUGGAACGAUCGUGAGUUGAGAAAUCUACAGCGCCAAAAAGAUCGAUUGCGUCAAGAGAUCGUCAAGCUCCAAACUCUUCGUGCCGGUUAUCCCGUGACUAUGGACGAACAUGGAAUUUUCUCAAAUUUAUGCGCCAAGCUUUACGCUGCCGAACAAAGAUACAAGUACUUGCAGAUGUUCUAUCAGGUUCAACAAACUGAACAAGAAAGAAUACGCCAAGUAAUGUGGAAGCAACACAUGCUAGAAACUGCAGAUUUGCGAUGUAUCAUUAAGAAUACAGAAAAUAAGCUUAAUCAACAGAUCAAGCUGUACAAAGAACAAACGGAAAAGCUGACCAAAGCAGAUUUUCUGGCAAAAGAAUUGUACGUUGAGAAUGCCCAACUUACAGAAACAAUUAAGCGUCUGGAACAACACUGCCAGAUACUCACGCAAGAUAAAAUUGAUACCAAGACACCGGCGUGAUUAUAAAUAGCCGAGAUAGUACGAACCAUCUACAUCAUCAUUAUUAUGGUACAAAUUAUCAAUUAACGAUAUUAUAAUACCUAGAGUAGGGGUUAGUUCAGAGGUAUUUUAUUAUUUCAAAAGAUUAAACAAAUUAAUUAUCGGAUGAUGGGAAAGCAAUAUUUUUUCUGGUCAUUUCAUUUAUGUUGGUCAGUCUAUUGUUACCGAAUUUGAGAAAGUCUAAACUUCCAAAAAUAGAUAUAUAUUGUACAUGUAUAUAUUUUUAAUAUAAGAGCUGAUUUGUUACUAAAAAAUAUUGAGAAAAAAAUCUAAAAAUGAUUGGAUUAUCUUGUAAGAGGUUUUCGUAUAUCAAAUUGUUUUUCAGCACUGUCAUUAUACAUAUUAUAUUUAUAUUUGUAUGAUUGUAUGAAUGUAUUUGUUUGUAUUACACAAACGACUCGUACUGUUCGUUGAAGAACAAAAACACAAUAUUUGCCUUAUUAGUUUGUUAAAAUAAUUGGUAACGCAAGAGGAAUAAAUGAUGAAUACGUGCUGUGCAAUGAAAUUGCUAUCAGCGAAGGUCGCGAUGGUGACCGAGUGACGAGAAGCUUUAAUACUACUAUAUUCAAAAUAAGAAUUGAAUGUUGAUUGCCUUAUUAAUUAUAUUAAGUAUCAAUAAUUUUUACACAGCGUAAAAAUGAAAUUGUUAAAAAGUCACUAACUAUACAUGAAGUAUAAUUCCAUCAUAAUCUAAUAAUAUUUUGAUACAUAUUAUUUUUUAAGUCAUAUAUAUUCUGUAUAAAAAGAAUGAAGCAAUUGUACUUCUUGAAGCCCAGAAUGGGCGUUAUGCAAAUAAAAUUUACCAAGAAAGUAAAUGACUAUACCAAGAUGUUAAGAACAAAUGUGGGUAUCUCUCACAAUUUUUAUUUGAUUUUCUUAUGUUUUCAAACAAGAGUUUGAAUUUUCUUUCUCGAAGUAAUAUUGUAAACACAAUUUUUUUAUAAUUUGUUUUCUGAUGAGAAAAACCCAGAUUUUUAUUUGGUACAAUAAUCUUGGAGAGUUACCUAUAUUAUUUCCAAAGUGUUUUGUAUAGCAACAGUGCAAGCAUAUUUUUUAACAGUUUGCAGCUGUGAUACAAAUAAGACAUGAUACUUUCAACAUAGUGCAUAGUUGUUUGCUUACCGAACCGAUUGAACAAUUUACAUGAAAUUAUUGUUUUUCAAACUGUACAUGUGCUUGUAUGCAAAAAUACAAUAUAAUGUAAAGCAUAUCAUACACUGCAUUUGUAUUUGACAAUAUUACUGGUUGAAUUGAUUUUAUAGCAUCUUAUCUUUUUUAGUUUAGUUUUAGCCAUAUCAAGGUAGAAAUCGAUGCGCCAAUUUGAUUCAAAAUCAAAGACGAGAUUAUUGAAAAAGUUGUAAAACCAAGAGAUAUAUUUGUACUUACGUAGCAAAAUAUUUCGUAGCUAACGACAAAGUGGAAUAAUAAUAGCAAUAUUUUCUUUUGUAAAUCAUGUAAUAAAGCCUAUUUGUCAAAUAACAAGUAUCGAAAAAGAAAACAAUAAAGAUGUAUUAUGUUGAAACGAUGAA